CUAUGAUGAUCGUGUGAAUAUUCUAUCUGUGUAUAAAAAGAAAAGCAUCGAGCAGUUCCUUGUGAUCGGGAUAUACAGUGCGCGUUACCGGUGUGAAAUCAUGGCUACGGAUAAAAUAAAGGUUGCCGUUCGGGUUCGGCCGUUUAAUCGCAGAGAGUUGGAACUCGGUACACAAUGCGUCGUCGAGAUGUCAGGACAACAAACCAUCUUGCAUCAUCCCAACACGAUGGACAAGAUCGAACGGAGCAAACCAAAGACAUUCGCGUUCGACCAUUGUUUCCACUCUCUGGACCCGACCGCGGAGAAUUUCGCGAGUCAGGAGGUCGUAUUCGACGCCCUGGGCCGCGACAUUUUGGACAAUGCGUUCCAGGGCUACAACGCCUGCAUUUUCGCUUACGGACAAACCGGGUCCGGGAAAUCGUACACGAUGAUGGGUAGCGGGGAGAACAAGGGCAUAAUACCGCGGCUGUGCGACAAUCUGUUCGACAUGAUCGCGAAACGGCAGAGCUCGGAGCUCACCUACAAGGUGGAGGUCUCGUACAUGGAGAUCUACAACGAGAAGGUGCACGACCUGCUGGACCCGAAGCCUAACAAACAGUCGCUAAAAGUCAGGGAGCACAAUGUCCUCGGGCCCUACGUGGACGGGCUCAGUCAGCUCGCUGUCACGUCGUUUCAGGAUAUUGACAACCUGAUGGCGGAGGGCAACAAGUCGCGUACGGUGGCGGCGACGAACAUGAACUCGGAGAGCUCCCGCUCGCACGCCGUGUUCUCCGUGAUACUCACGCAGACGUUGAUAGACACGAAAAGCGGCGUCAGCGGGGAAAAAGUCUCCCGGAUGAGCUUAGUGGACUUAGCAGGGAGCGAAAGGGCUGUGAAAACUGGGGCAGUGGGCGAUAGGCUUAAAGAAGGAAGCAAUAUUAACAAAUCCCUAACGACGUUGGGUCUAGUCAUUUCGAAGCUGGCGGAUCAGAAUUCCGGAAGUAAUAAGAAUAAGGACAAGUUCGUGCCGUACAGAGAUUCUGUGUUAACGUGGCUGCUAAAGGAUAAUCUCGGCGGAAACAGUAAAACCGUGAUGGUGGCCACUACAUCACCCGCGGCGGACAAUUACGAGGAAACGCUUUCCACCCUCCGAUACGCGGACAGAGCGAAGAGGAUCGUGAAUCACGCGGUGGUCAACGAGGAUCCAAACGCAAGAAUUAUUCGGGAACUUAGGCAAGAGGUGGAGGCGCUGAAGGAGAUGCUGCUGCACGCGACCGGACAAGGAUCGAUAGUGUGCCAGCAACGCACAGACAUAACGGAGAAACUGUCGGAAUCGGAGCGACUGAUGAAGGAGAUGUCGCAGACGUGGGAGGAGAAACUGGUGAAAACUGAGAGGCUGCAACACGAGAGGCAACAGGCCUUGGAAAAAAUGGGUAUCAGUGUGCAAGCGUCCGGUAUCCAAGUCGAGAAGAACAAAUACUAUCUUGUGAAUCUUAACGACGAUCCCAGCUUGAACGAAUUAUUAGUCUAUUAUCUCAAGGAGAGGACACUGGUGGGCGGACGCUCCGCGAAAACAGAUCAGGACAUCCAGCUCCAUGGUCUGGGUAUCCUACCUGAGCAUUGCGUGAUCACAAUAGAGGAAUCUGGGCUGUACAUGACGCCGCUGAACGGCGCCAGGUGUUUCGUGAACGGCACCCAGGUCGUCGAGAAAACUCCCCUUUUACACGGCGACAGGAUCGUAUGGGGGAAUCACCACUUCUUUCGGGUGAACUGUCCCAGAAGCGCAACAGCGAUUAACAGCGAGCCCCAGACACCCGCGCAGAAUAUCGAUUACAACUUCGCGAGGGAAGAGCUGAUGCUUAACGAGCUGUCGAACGACCCGAUACAGAGGGCCAUCGCGAGACUCGAGAAGCAACACGAGGAGGACAAACAGGUCGCGUUGGAGAAGCAGAGGCAAGAGUACGAGCGUCAGUUCCAGCACCUGCGUAACAUCCUGUCCCCGUCCACACCGUAUUCACCGUACGUACCGUACGAUCCGUUGAGAGGCAGCCAGAGCGGGAAAUUGCCGGCCUGCACGCCGACCACUCAGAUGCGAGUGGAGAAAUGGGCCCAGGAGAGGGACGAAAUGUUCAAGAGGAGCUUGGGCCAGUUGAAGACGGACAUAUUGAAGGCGAAUUCUCUGGUGCAGGAGGCGAACUUCCUGGCGGAGGAGAUGGGCAAGCAAACGAAGUUCAGCGUGACCCUGCAGAUCCCGCCGAACAAUUUGAGCCCGAAUAGAAAGAGUGUAUUCUUUCAGCGGGGGGCUUUCGUCAGCGAACCCGCAAUUCUAGUUAAAAGGACGAACAUGGGCAGUCAGGUGUGGUCCAUGGAGAAGCUAGGUAACAAAUUGGUCGACAUGCGGGAGAUGUACGAGGAUUGGAAGGAUCCUAACAACUGUCAACGAUUACCUGCCAUUAAGGACGAGGUGCCAGGCAAGACGCAGGACCCGUUCUACGAGUCCCAGGAGAAUCACAACCUGAUCGGCGUGGCGAACAUAUUCCUGGAGGUUCUGUUCCACGACGUUCGGUUGGACUAUCACACGCCGAUCAUCAGCCAACAGGGAGAAGUCGCUGGACGACUGCAGGUCGAGAUCAGCCGUAUAUCCGGCCACUUCCCGCAGGACCGAAUGUGCGAGGCUGCGUCCGAAUCCUCCGCAGACUCGACCUCCUCUGAGCCUGAAGACUACUCUGGCUCGAGUCACAUCACCUGUCGCGUGACCAUAAAGCAGGCUACCGGUCUGCCCCUAUCCUUGAGCCAUUACGUGUUCUGUCAGUACAUGUUCUGCGGUCAUUCGGAGCCAAUAGUGGUCCCAGCUGUGGACAACUCGGAGCAGAUGAACGCGACAUGCCAGACUGGACAGAGGGACUCACUGGCGUUCCAGUUCAAUCACACGAAGGAUUUCAUCGUACCUGUCACGGAGGAGUUCAUGGAACACUGUGCUGAGGGUGCCUUGAGCAUAGAGGUCUGGGGCCAUCGAAGUGCCGGUUUCUCGCGAAGCAAACCCGGCUGGGAAGUCGAGCAACAGCAGCUUGCUAAGGCUCGGUCCCUGGCUGACCGAUGGUCGGAGUUGACGCGGAAGAUCGAGCUUUGGGUCGAGAUCCAGGAACUAAACGAGCAGGGAGAGUACUCGCCGGUCGACGUGGUUGUCAAGCAGGACAUGUGGACGGGUGGUAUUUAUCAAUUGCGUCAGGGACAACAACGGCGAAUACAAGUUCGCGUGAAACCAGUACAAAACUCGGGAACGUUGCCGAUCAUCUGUCAGUCGAUCCUGAACAUAGCGGUUGGUAGCGUUUCCGUGAGGAAUCGCCUUCAGAUUCCGUUGGACAGCUAUCAGGACGAGGAUUUGAGUAUACUGAGGAAGAAGUGGAGCGAGGCCUUGAUGAGGAGGAGGCAGUACUUGGAUCAGCACAUACAGAAACUUAUUAACAAGCAAGAUAAAACGGAACAAGAUAUAGAACGUGAACAGAGUCUCGUGGGUCAGUGGGUUAGUCUGACAGAGGAACGCAACGCAGUUCUGGUUCCUGCAGCAGGAUCAGGUAUACCUGGUGCACCUGCUGAUUGGAACCCAGGAAUGGAACCGCACAUACCUGUACUGUUCCUUGAUCUCAAUGCCGACGAUCUCUCGACCCAUCAGUCAGGAGAGGAGGUCUCCGUAACCGGCCUGAACUCUAUCUUACCCAAGGAACACGGCAAUAUAUUCUACAAUUUACCAAUUAUUCGACGCAUUGAAAAAGACGUUUGUGCCAUCGCUGCUUGGGACUCCAGUAUACAUGACAAUAUACACCUAAACAAGGUUACAGAUGCGAACGAGAGGGUUUUUCUGAUCCUGAAAACGACAGUAAGGCUGUCGCAUCCGGCGCCCAUGGACCUAGUGCUGCGUAAAAGACUGGCCCUAAAUAUUUAUAAAAGACAGAGCAUCACGGACAGAAUAUUCAAGAGGAUCGUCCGCACCGAUUGCUUGACACAGACGGGCGUCACCUAUGAGGUAGUGUCCAAUAUACCAAAGGCGAGCGAGGAACUGGAGGACCGUGAGAGUUUGGCGCAGAUAGCCGCCAGCGGGGAAGACAACAGUCUUUGUGACGGUGAAACGUAUAUUGAAAAAUAUACGCGUGGCGUCUCCGCAGUGGAAAGUAUCCUGACUCUAGACCGAUUACGACAGAACGUCGCGGUGAAAGAAUUGUUACAGGCACAGGGCCAGCCGUUGAUGCGCAAGACAGUAAGCGUGCCGAACUUCUCGCAGAUCAUGAGAUCGGACACAUCGAUGGAUUCCCUGAACGUCACCAGAUCUGAGAGCGUGACUGAUCUCAACAGUGAAUUGAGCGCUGUACUCCAUCCUCGUCGCGCGUCCACGGGCCACACAAGAAACGACGAGAACUUCGUGUCCACGCCGGCGAAAUCGUUCGGAAUCGGCUCCAUUCUGAACUCAGCGAGACCAACUUUCCUGAAUCUGAACCUGAAUCUCAACUCAUUGACACGUCUGCAACAAUCCACCUCUGCCAAGUCAUCUCCGAACAUGGUCGGUAGUAAAAUGGGUCUACGGAUGACCACGUUACACGAGGAAACGUCGAACGUCGGGAAUCAGCUGCCCUCGCCCAUCAACGACGAGGACGAGGAGAAGAGCGACGCUGAUUACUCCGAAUACGAUUCGUAUCAGGCAACGGCGAAACCAGUAAAACCACUAACUUCUUCACGCACUCUGGAUUCUCUCGUCGAACUUCAAUCGACGAAGAUCAACACGCCGAGCAUGAGCAGCAGCGGUUACGGUUCCCAAGCCGUGUCCACGACAAAUCUGACGUCGGAGGACUCGUUGUCGGUGAAAUCGAUCAGCGUGGACGAGACGCCGGAUUUGGAGUAUCGGAAUCUGUUGGACAGCAAGAAGCCGGAACGGAUGGAUAGCUCUUUAGUGGAGGAAACGCCGGAGGAGUAUAUGGGCGAGGUCACCGCGACGUUGGACAACUUGAACGUGAUGGGAAACAAUUGCACCGAGGAACAUACCAGGAAGAAUUUAGAGGAAACAGGCGCCUACGUGGACGCCGAAAUCGACAGUCCGGUUUCUUCGACGAAAAGCGACAGCGACGCGAACAGUAAUACUACUCAACUGAGCAUCGUGCAGAAGAAGGAUGCACCGAGUCAUGUUGUGAGCAACCGAAGGAGAAACGACAUGGAGAUUAGUCAGACCUCGAAUUCGGGAGAGGACAGCCCCUUGGAGGGUAGCUCGGUUGUCCACACGAAAUUGCCACCGGGCAAGGUGGUGCGACGAAGAAAAGUGUCUGCGAGUACAGGAAGGCCUACCAGUUCUCAGCACAGGGCAUCAUUCCCCAUGGUCCGUCCACAGCUCUCCGAGAGCAAAGCUGCAGCAAGACUGGAACAAUCGAUGCAACCCAAUAUGCCCUACGAAAACGGUGACAACAGCUCCUCCGAACGAAUCGAUGCAGACGAUGUGAGCGACAAAAGUUCAGCUUUCGGUUCGAGACACGACUUAAGCAGAGUCGAGACACCGCUCCCAGACUGGGUUUUAGUUGGUGAAUCGGUAUUGGUACGUCCGUACAGCUAUUCCGGUGUCAUAGCGUAUGUUGGCCCGACAGAAUUCGCUUCUGGGACGUGGAUAGGCGUAGAACUCGACGCCCCGACUGGUAAAAACGAUGGUGCUGUAAACGGCCAUAGGUACUUCACGUGUCGACCGAAAUGCGGGAUAUUCGUAAAAGUGGACAAACUAAUUCAAGACAAACGUGGCAGAGCACUUAGGAACUACACUAUCACCCUCCCUCAGUCAACUGCACCGAUGCGCAGAAGCGUUAGCAGAGGCGAGGGUCUACAUUCCUUGCACCGAAGUCGGAGCCGGGGGGAAGGUCUCUCAACAACAGGCACACGGUCCUCGCCGCGGGGCAAGUAAAAACCGGGGGAUGAUCUCACACGACACGCGACUCGCUUCACCUAAAACUUCGUUCUUCUAAAUAAGCCACUAAAGAAAAAAAAAAAUAUCCUAAACUCGCUACAUGCCUAUCGAUAAAUGAUGUAGCACAGCAGUGUUUCAGUCCCUUAGACGUUAGGGCAGCUAUGGAUUAUUAAUACUUCUAAAUAUUACUUGAAAUAUUAGGUCAUUUAAUGUGUAUCACACAAACAAAAACAGAGCAGAAUCGCGGACACAAUCCACGCGCGCGUGCGCGUCAUCAGCGUGUCCGUGUCUCGCGCGGUUUCAGUAGAGAGUAGCCAAGAGAGAACAGAGAGAAGUAAAACACACAUACACAAAGGAAGAAAAGAAACGAUCGUCGAUACCAUAUAUUAUGUAGUUGGUCUGUUAUUUUCUUAUUUUUCGUGUGUAUCAAGAGUGAGAAAGAG